CGCAUCCCCGGGGCAGCACUUCCUAAGGGCCCCCCCACAUUUUUUUUUCCCCUCGGCAUCUUCCCGCGCCCCGUCUGAUGGGCUGGCUCGGUGCCCUGGCACUGCUGGGCUCCCUGGCGCUGUGCCGCAGCCUGCGCCGCCCCCCGCACCACCCCCACGUCCACUGCUACAGCGCGGGCGAGCUGCGGGACGGCGAGGCCCCCGCACACCUCCUGGGCCGCAGCCUGCGCUGGGACCACUACGUGCCGGUGCAGCUGGUGCCGCAGCUGGAGCGUUUGCAGGAGGCCACCGGCCACCGCCGCCACCGCCGCCACCACGAGCGCGCCUGCCCCGCGUUGCAGCUCCACGCCGGCCUCCACAGCGAGCCCAACGAGCGCUCCAUCUCCCCGUGGCGCUACCGCAUCGAUGAGGACGAGAACCGCUACCCGCGCAAGCUGGCCUUCGCCGAGUGCCUCUGCAGCGGCUGCGUGGACGUCAAGACGGGUCGGGAGACGACGUCGCUCAACUCGGUGGCCAUCCACCAGACCAUGAUGGUCCUACGGCGCAAGCCCUGCCCACACCCCACCGGCCCCGGCCUCGUCACCUUCGAGGUGGACUACAUCAAGGUGCCGGUGGGCUGCACCUGCGUCCUGCCCCGCACCGGGCGCUGAGCCCCCCCACCCUCCCCACCCCUGCUCCCGUGGAGCCCCGUAGCGUGACCGUGUCACCGCAUCCACCCCCCCACCCGUGCUUGUUUUAAAGCACCCACCCGGCUCCCUGCCCCCCUGCAGCUGGGUGUCCCCC